GCGUUGCCUAGCAGCUGGGCAGAGGACUCACUCGCUCAGUUCACGUUGGCUCUCUUUACUGGUGUAUCAAGGAACCGCGGACAUUUGCCUUCUCAGUCAGCCUUGUCAUCUGUCUGUCUCCCUCUCGCCGUCUCUACGACAAACAUGACCCAGACCGUGACACUAAAGGGACCCUCUCCUUGGGGUUUUCGGCUGGUGGGAGGACGGGAUUUCAGCACGCCGUUAACCAUCUCCAGGGUAACACCAGGCAGCAAGGCGGCCCAAGGUGACCUGUGUCCGGGCGACACCAUCCUGGCCAUCAACGGCGACAGCACAGAGCACAUGACGCACAUGGAGGCUCAGAACAGGAUCAAAACCUGCACUCAGCAGCUCAAACUCAACAUCAGCAGGUCGGGACCGGGAGACAGAGUGUGGUCGCCAACUGUUAGUGAAGAUGGCAAGACAAGCCCUUACAUGGAGCCUGACUCACAGAAUUUCCGGCCCAUCACCAGCGGAUAUGGCGGUUACAGCCGUAAACCUUCGUACACCCCUGAACCCCAGUCCCCGCAGGCUACCCAGACCACUCACCUGAAUAAUGGACACUCCAGACCCAACAACGGCCACAGCUAUGGAUACGGAAACGGAACCGGAACCGGGCACGCUCAGUACAACAACCCGGCAGGACUUUAUGCUGGCAGCAAUGGAGACAGAUCUCUGCCGAGCAAGAUGGGGGGCCUCAGCCUCAGCGCCACACACAGCCCAGAGCCUCCCAUACAGUCCCCUGGUGGCCGUAAUGGUUUUGACCCACAGUCAGACGUCUACAAGAUGCUGCAGGACUACGAGGAGCCUGCCUCUGAACCCAAACAGUCCGGCUCCUUCAAAUACCUCCAGGGAAUCCUGGAAGCUGACGGAGGUGUGUCCCCAACAGAGAGAAUGAGAAACUUAAAGUCUCCAGUCAGGUCUCCAAUCCCCAAACUGGGAAGCCCCAUCCCCAGCCCCAUGUCUGGUCUACAGAAGCUACCCCAGUGCACACGCUGCUGUAAUGGCAUUGUUGGCACCAUCGUGAAGGCCAGGGACAAGCUCUACCACCCCGAGUGCUUCAUGUGCGACGACUGCGGCGUCAACCUCAAGCAGAGAGGCUACUUUUUCAUCGAGGACAAUCUGUACUGUGAGACCCACGCCAAGGCACGCGUCCAGCCCCCUGAGGGCUACGACGUUGUUGCGGUGUACCCCAACUCCAAGGUGGAGCUAGUCUGAGAUGGAGAUGGAGCUGGUCAUAGUGUAAUAUAACUGGGAGACCAAAAUAUGGGAGAACGGGGCUACUGAGUAUCCUAGCCUACAUUUAUCAGGGUCUGUCGAGCAGGAAUGUAGAUCUUGGAUCAGUUUUGUCUUUGGGAGAGUCCUAUAACAUUUGUGUUUUAGUGAUCCCAUAUCAGCAUUUCUACACUGACAGACCUAAUAAAUGCUAUGUAUAUUGGGCAUAUUGAAAUAUGUUGAGAAUAAGGCUUGGGUCUGAAGAGUAUCCCAAAAGUUCAACUCAUAUAAAACCCGACAUUGUUUGCUAUGUCCUAAUCUGACAGCCCUCAUCUCUCAAUCAAUGUGUUCACAUUGAAUCCUAGAUAGAAGACGACCAGUUAAGGUCAUAUUAGCAGAGUGGGUGUUCAUAUGGAAGUUCAUAUCCACAACACAAGCACACAGUGUAUUACCAGAGUAUUCCAAUAAACCAAAAACAAAACAGAUGCAAAGAUGACGAAGAGAAAAUGAGGAAAAUGGAAUGACAUGUGUGAAAUGACUUCACCAGCAGCCAGCUAACAAUCUGCAUAUCAUCCAAUGUCCAAUGACAACCCUCCCACAAGCCUUAAUCCUAGAACACUAAUGUGUGUGUGAUAUGCAUUACCACAAGAGAUGUAUUUUGGAGCUGAUCGGUUUGUUUGCUGUGAUGAACAGUGCAGACGAGUUUGUGGUUUUUCCUCCUUCGGACUGAUCUUGCAUUUACCCAUUAUAACAUCGAUUGUCUGUGUCUUUCAAAGUCAUCUAAGGUAUGGUUAUAUAUUGUUUAUGUUUUGGUUAAUGGGUUUAAAGGUUUAUGUGUCUUUUUAACUAUGUUACAGUUACACAUUAUACUUCUGUUGCAGUUUACUCCAUGUAUGCAGUUUACCUUUUGGACUUUUUUGGGACUUUCUGUGUUACAAAACUGGGAAACAUCUCUCUUUGAUUGCCACUUUUUUAUGCUCACUUGUCUUUUAAGUGAAACAAUAAGUCAUUAUAAGCAGAUCAGGUACAGAUAUAAUUGUGAGUUUCUGGAAUGUGCAUCAGUAUGAGUUGGGGUGUGGUUUUACUGAACUAUAACCUAUAGUCAAAGCCUCCAUUUGCAGCUAUGCAAGCACCACCUUCUGACAUGUAAACAGAUCCCUGCAGGAGGCAUCCUCAAAGCUCUGUGAGAAACUCUAGAACUUGGUGAGGAUCCGUUUAAAGAAUUUCUCCCAGAUCUGGUCACAACCUCAAUUUAUACAAAAAAAAAACAAAAAACAAGGCUUUAACAGUGAAAUAACUUCAUC